AUGGUGACUCCGCCGUGGGAAGAGCCGCUUCCUUCUUGCUUGAUAGGGGGGGCUUCCAUUCACCAGCGCAGACUAAAAGUGCUCUCCGAACCGUGCUGGAUAGUCACCCAUCACACGGCUCUCAAACCCAACCUGUGGUGGAUCCCGGGAGACAAAGUCAAAACGCAACAUCCUUUGCCCCAUACUUUGAGAUGCUCUUCUCCUGUUUUACGAAUCCUACAACUCUCUUUACUGAGCGAGACUCCAUCCAUAUCCCUACUAGUGGUUUUUCUUUCAUUCAAUCAUCACUUGUUUGACAGCUUAAACUAG